AUGUUAAAAUGGGCUUCUGAACAUGGUGCUAUAUUGGAUGAAGAGUUUGCCAGCACUGUGGCAGGGAGUGGGCAACUGGAAAUUCUGCAAUGGGCACGAGAAGAAGGUUGCCCAUGGGACUCAGACACUCCUUAUAAUGCUGCCAAGGCUGGAUAUUUGAAAGUGCUACAGUGGGUCCAUGAACAUGGUUGCUAUUGGGAUGAGUCAACCUGCUACAUCUCAGCCAAACAGGGACAUCUUGAUUGUCUGCAAUAUGCCCACCUGCAUGGCUGUCCAUGGAAUGAGGCCACCUGCUACUUUGCUGCGCUUGGUGGUCAUUUGGCCAUCUUGAAAUUUGCCCAUGAAAAUGGCUGCCCAUGGGAUGCAAGAACUUGCUCCUUGGCUGCCCGGAAUGGACAUUUAGAAGUUCUGAAAUGGGCUCGACAAAAUGGAUGCCCUUGGGAUGAGAACACAUGUAACAAUGCUGCUCUAAAGGGUCACUUGGAAGUGUUGGAAUAG